CCAUUGAUGGUGUUGAUUGAAUACAUUCCCUAUGGAGAUUUAUUGGGAUACCUCAGAAAUAGCCGUGGAUUGAAUGAUACUUACUUCGAAGACCCGGAUAUCAAACCACAAACAAAUCUGACGUCAGAGCAGCUUAUGAAGUUUGCGUGGCAAGUUGCCGAUGGAAUGUCGUAUUUGUCAUCGAUACCAAUUAUCCAUCGAGACCUUGCAGCUCGUAAUGUGUUCGUUGGAGCGGGGGAAACGUGUAAAGUGACAGACUUUGGUAUGGCCAGAGAUGUCCUAGAUGAUAACAUUUAUCAAAUGAGGUCAAAGGGACGUAUCCCUCUGAAGUGGACAGCUUUUGAGGCGCUGCUUUACGGGAAAUAUUCUACCAAAAGUGACGUGUGGAGCUGCGGAGUUCUCCUCUAUGAGAUUUUCACGAUUGGUGGCUCGCCGUAUCCAAAAAUGGAUGGAAGACAAAUUUUAACAUCGCUAGAAGCGGGAUACAGAAUGCCUAGACCACAGCACGUGGAUAAUAAGUUGUAUGACUUAAUGACAAACUGUUGGAAACACAACCCUAACUUGAGACCAUCUUUUGAGGAUAUGAGGAACACACUGAAAGAAAUGGAAGACCACCAUAAGGGCCUGAUAAAUUUAGAAAAUUACGAUGAUCGACUCUAUGUUAAUGUUGACGAUCUUGCCGAGUUAGCGAUUGCAUCCUCAUGGAGCACAGGAUGGAUUGAUAAAUCUGAGAUUAUAUGCUUUUUUGGAUGA